UUGGUUGACUUCGCUCCCCUCGGACUCGGAGUCGGACCUCGUAGAUUCAUCUCUUUCAUCCAGCAAUUAUCGCCGCACUCCUUCAACUCCCUCCUCGCCGCGCUCCUGCGCUGCCCCGGCGCCUCCCCCGACGUGGCCACGCUCAACACCCUCAUCCACGGCCUCUCCACCGCCUCGCCGUGCCCGUCCGCCCCCGCGCUCCUCAGGCUCUUCCGCUUCCUGCCGGAGGCCUACGCCUUCGCGCCCGACGCCAUCACGUACAACUCCAUGUUGGCUGCUCUGUGCCGAGCGGGGGACCUGGCCACCGCGCGCAGGCUGUUUGAUGGAAUGCGCGUGGGCGAGCAAGGCGGGGAGGCUGGCGCCUUCCCUAACGUGGUCACCUACACCACCAUGAUCAGGGCGUGCUGUGCGAGGAGGCUUGCCGAUGAGGCGCUGUCGCUCUUCAAGAUGAUGCUCGUGGAAGGCGUGCGGCCGAACAGGAUCACCUACAACACCAUGAUGCAGGGCUUCUGCCAGGCCGGAAGGAUGGAGCUGGUGAAGGAGGUGUUCGGGAUGGACUCAUUUAAGCCGGACACGUGCACGUUCAAUACGCUGAUGGCCGCGCAUUGUAGAGAAGGGCGGAUACAGGACGCGAAGAAGGUGUUUGAUCAGACGAUGGAGCUCCGCGUGAGGCGUGACUCUGCGAGUUACAGCAUCGUGACCCGGGCGUUGUGCGAGAACGGUGAGUUUGGUCGAGCAGAGGAGCUUGUGGACAGCCUCUUGGAGAAGGAGGUUCUCAAGAAAAGAGGUGGUUGUGUGCCACUCAUUGCAUAUUACAAUCCAGUUUUUAAGUACCUCUGUGAGAAUGGCAAGGCAAAGAAGGCCAGGUUGUUAUUCGGGCAGCUGCUGGAUAUUAGGAGCAAGGUCGAUUUCCUAGCAUUCAAGACACUAAUCCUAGGACAUUGUAAGGAGGAGGAUUUCGAACAAGGGUACGAGCUGGUGCUCUCAAUGUUGAAGAGGGAUCUUAUGCCUGACAGUGAGUGCUAUAUUGCUGUAAUAAAUGCCGCGGAGUUUUCUUUGUUCAGCUUGCGGAAGCGCCAUGAACUGGGUGUGGCAGUUCACAGCCAGGUUCUGGAUGGAACUUCAGAGGCAUUCCAGCUUUUCUAUGAGCUAAUUGAGAACAAAAGCACUUCUGCGGGUGCUGUACCCCGCAGCCUAGUCUUUCUGCAUCAUGCAGUGUGGUCUGUGAAGAGAAAGGAUGUUGGAACUGGAUGUCAAGCUGGUUGCCUUUCCUCAGCUGAUCAACAAGGGAAUGGCUGGUCAAUGAACAAUGGUUGUUUGAUGAUGGAAGAUUGCAUAUGGCAUUAAGGGGUCUGUAAAUGAUUUGAUUUUCUUGAGCUUACUCCUAUCAGCAGAUAUUUAGAUUGCACAAGUUCAUCUGAUGGUCAGUCCUAAAGACAAACUAAAGCCUGUAUUUCCUGAUACUGACAUGUGUAUUUAAGUGCAGGUGAGACAAUAGAGCUGUUGCUGCUGCUGCUUCCUGUUCAACUGGAGAAGAGUUGUGAAAAUCAAAGUGUCUCAAAUUAAAAAGAUAACUCCUGGUAAAAUGCUAGCGAAAGAACACCACGGUCUGUCAUGAUAUUUAGCAACCAGUGACAUCGUAUCUUUAGCAACAGCACAUGUCUGGACCACAUGACAGUAUAUGUCUAGGACUCAGUUCGAGGUUGAGAUCGAAGAACUUGAGAAGUUGGGCGUGAAGCUUCAGAACCUGAGCAACAUGCCAUGAUGCCAGCGGGAGUCGUGUUGCUUUCUACUCCCUCUGAUAUGUUCCAUAUUAGAAGACAUUUUGUUUUUUUUAAUUUCAACCGCUUUUGCUAUGUAUUUAGAUAUAUACUGUAUCAAACGGAAUGUAUCUAGAAAAGUAUUAAAAUUUGGAACGGAAGGGAUAGUUUGCGUGAUGAGAAAAAAAUGUCAUGGUUACGUAACUGAGAAAAUCGCGUUAAAACUGUUGGUACCUUGCCUCUGAAAAAUGGUUGCAAGUCAUGCAUUUAUUUCUUUUGCAUUC